UAUCAGCAGCAACUUCACACAAUUCAUUGACCCUUUUUAAUUUUUUUUAUAGUAAUUUUUCUUUCAUAUAUCAAAUCAAAUCAAAUUUUACCCAAAAUAAAAAAUCAAAUUAAAUUAAUUAGUUCAUACAAUAUUUCAAGGUUUCGUCUAUCACAACGCACACAAACAUCCUCGAUUUUCUCAACCUCUUCUGUUCUGUUCUGUGUUCUGUUUCAAUAGGGUUUCUAUUUUUAUUUAUUUUUUCCCCACAAAAUUCUUAAUUUCGUCGACGCAAGACCAUCGAUUUGUGUAUUGAAUUGGUGCUGCAUUUGCUCAGCGAAUUGAACUUGAUUAGAGGAUGCUAUAAAGUUUAGUUCUUGGUGGGAAUUUUGAGUGUAUCACACUGAAUUUUGGAAUAGAAUGUUCAGUCCAAGCAUGGAUUCUGCAAGGGAUGUGGGUGGUGUUGUUGCCGCAGGGACGGUGCUGAUUCCAGUGCGGUUUGUGUGGCCAUAUGGGGGAAGAACUGUUUAUCUCAGUGGUUCUUUCACAAGGUGGUCUGAGCUUCUGCAAAUGUCACCAGUUGAAGGUUGUCCAACUGUGUUUCAAGUUAUUCAUAACUUGGCCCCUGGCUAUCAUCAGUACAAGUUUUUUGUUGAUGGAGAAUGGCGGCAUGAUGAGCACACCCCCCAUAUAACCGGAGAUUAUGGGAUAGUUAACACUGUAUUAUUGGCUACUGAUCCUUUCGUACCUGUUUUACCUCCGGACAUAGUUUCUGGGUCCAACAUGGAUGUUGACAAUGAGACUUUUCAGCGUGUGGUCCGAUUGACAGAUGGUACAUUGAGUGAGGUGAUGCCAAGAAUAUCAGAUGUUGAUGUACAGACCUCACGCCAACGUAUUUCUACAUACUUGUCUAUGCGCACAGCUUAUGAAUUACUUCCCGAGUCAGGCAAGGUUGUUACCUUGGAUGUUGAUCUACCAGUGAAGCAAGCAUUUCACAUACUACAUGAGCAGGGAAUUCCCAUGGCUCCUCUUUGGGAUUUCUGCAAGGGGCAGUUUGUUGGAGUUCUGAGCGUUUUGGAUUUUAUUUUAAUUUUAAGAGAGCUUGGGAAUCAUGGGUCCAAUCUGACAGAAGAAGAGCUUGAAACACAUACCAUAUCAGCUUGGAAGGAGGGAAAAUGGACUUUAUUUUCAAGACGUUUCAUCCAUGCAGGGCCAUCUGAUAAUUUGAAAGAUGUUGCUCUAAAGAUUCUGCAAAAUGGAAUUUCAACUGUUCCUAUUAUCCAUUCAUCUUCUGCAGAUGGUUCAUUUCCACAACUACUACAUCUUGCUUCACUUUCAGGGAUCCUUAGAUGCAUUUGCAGGUAUUUUAGGAGUUGUUCUAGUUCAUUGCCCAUACUUCAACUUCCAAUUUGUGCAAUUCCUGUGGGCACAUGGAUGCCCAAAAUUGGGGAGACAAAUCGCCGGCCUCUAGCAACAUUGAGACCAAAUGCUUCUCUUGCUUCAGCCCUAAAUUUAUUAGUUCAAGCUCAAGUAAGUUCAAUACCAAUAGUUGAUGAGAGCGACUCUUUACUGGAUAUAUAUUGUCGGAGUGAUAUAACAGCCUUGGCAAAAGACAGAGCUUAUACACACAUUAAUCUUGAUGAAAUGACAGUUCAUCAGGCAUUGCAGUUGAGCCAGGAUGCUUUUAAUCCUAAUGAGUCGAGAAGUCAAAGAUGUCAGAUGUGUUUGCGAACUGAUUCUUUGCAUAAAGUGAUGGAACGCUUGGCAAACCCAGGUGUCCGGCGGCUUGUUAUUGUUGAAGCUGGCAGCAAGCGAGUUGAAGGCAUCAUAUCACUGACCGACAUAUUUAAGUUUUUCCUUUGUUAGUUUGGAUUGGUGACUGAACAAGUCUGACUGUUAGUGCUGCAGUGGUCAUGACCCUUCUGCAUCUAACGCAACCAUCAUCGGCCCAACCACUAAAGGGGGAGAGAGAGAUUCCAGAGCUUCUGCGCGAUGAUUUGAUCGUUAUUUCAUUGAAAUACAAUUGGAUCGGAUCAGCCUCUUGCUUCAUUGCCUUGUUUUAAGAUUUUAGGCUAGUGAAAGAGGCAGACCUGUAAAUUUGAGUUUUUUCAUUGUCCCAAAUUAUUUGUCUCCCCCCAUUCAUAUUUAUCUUCAAAUAUGUUGUGCUCCUGAUACAGAUACAUAUUGUUAUUUUAAGGUACAAAGUUUAGGGGGGGAGGGGGGGAAUUUAUGGGAGGACAAAUAUUUGAAAUACUAUUUGUAUUGUUUUGUUGAUUAUUAGCGUUAGUUCCUUUGACGUUGUCUCCAAGGAAAAACGUAAGUGUCAAAUCGGUAAUAGGUAAA